CAAAUGAAGAAUUUGAACUUCUCGUGUCAGAGGAAGAGAACAGUGAACAUCGUGUUGUGAACGGAGAGGAUGUUAGUGAGUAUAGGGACAAUGUUAAACAGUGUUAUAAUGAGGCUAGGGAAGUAUUUUUGGAACAAAAGGCUGCUGAGCAAGAAAUAAUCAAAAACUUAGCAGCAGUAGAUCCAGCGAGAGUUGCCCUAAAGCUAGAUUCUAGUCGAAUAGGUGAGUUAAUCGAAACAGUUGAUAUAAACAUUAACUCUACCAGUCCAAAUAAACGAGCAUUGCAAUUAGACAAAGAAGAAUUGCAGACAAUGUUAAAUGUGUUGUGUGGGAAAGUCUCUGAAUUGAGUUUGAUUGGGUCUUCAAAAUCAGAGCAAGAUAUUCAGUUACAUCUUGAGAUUGAAAAGAUUAUUGCACAAGGUUUUAAACAGGUUAGAUCCAUAAAUCUGUACCUAUGUGACUGUCAAAGUUCAAUCGAAAAGAAUCCAUCACCCCCUAUUGUAAAUCAAGUAGAUACUGGGGGUGCAUCUGCUGCACGUCUUAAUAUAGACUCCCAAAAUAGUGCAACCUCUAGUAGCCCACCUAUAACCAAUCCCAUUACUCUAAGUGACCACACCCCUACCAGCCCCCCAAAGGAAGGAACAGUGAGUGACAUCCACCAACCCGCAGUUACGGAGACAGAUACUACCAUCAAUGUGUCUGCACCUGAAUUUGUACCUUCAACCAUGAAUGAUCCAGUGAGUAGUUCUGUAAUCAGUGCCCAGUCCACCUAUACGAGUAUCAAUCCCCAAGUCAUACCCCAAAGUGCAAGUACAUCACAGCAAACCGUCCCUAUUUUAUAUCAAUACCCAAUCACCAGCAUCAUGCACCACCUCCCUCCACAGAUCAAUCCAUUUGCAAUCAACUCACCCCACCACUUAAGUACCAGCACCGCCCCAAUCUACUUGUCCCCACCUGUCAAUCCCAUGUCAAGUUUUCCACCAAAUUCGAUUGGCUUACACCAAUACCCAAGCAACACCCAACCCCACCUUGGUACAAGUAUGACCCAAGCGACAUCACAGCAAACAUUCAGUAACACCAAUCCAUACCACAACACGCCCCUACUACCAUACCACAGUAUGACCACAAGUCUCUACAACAAUGUACCUCCACAGAAUUUGGUAAGUUCACCAGAGACAAGUAUGUAUUUGAACAGUGUGUCCUCAAGUGCUCCUCCUACUAGCCAUCAACAUGGAACCCACUCCAACUACCGGUGACUUAUUCUACUCCCAAUGCGAGCGAGACAUAUUUGGUCAACCCCAGCACAGUCCCAAUCCCCUCAGUCGGUCCACAACCUACACCUCACCACAGCUCUAAUUCACUGGGUUUCAAUUAUCGGGUCCAGGUAAAGAAAAUGGCUUUGCCAACAUUCAGUGGUAACCGCAAAGAGUGGCCAGAGUUCAAAGCGAUUUGGAAAAUUUGACGUUGAGAGAUGUUGGUUUCAUCACCGAACUGCUACCAUGUUAUUUGAAAGUAGAAUGGCGAAGAAGAUAUAGGGACAUCACGGACAGUGAAAAGAUACACCCUUUCAUCCCUUUCAUGCAUUUCCUCGAAGGCGAACGAGAAGCAGUCUCUCGAAUAGCCGAGUACCAGCCAAAGGGAAGGAGAAUUGAAUUUCCAAAAUAUGAGCGAAGAAAGCAACAUGUACAAGGUUAUCAUGCAAGAAAGCAAUCCCCGAAGAAGUAUUACAAGUGUGCCUAUCCAUCUCACAGAAAGGACAGUAUCAGUCAUACCACAUCAGAAUGCAAAGAGUUUCAGAAAUUACCGGUUAGCGGGAAAGAAGGAAAAUAUGAACUCUUAAAACAAAUUGAUGCUUGUUUCAAAUGCUUUGGAAACCAUAGAAGGCUAGACUGUCCCAAGAAAGUUCCCUGUCCAUGUGGAAGUGGUCAACAUCAUCAGUUACUCUGUGAAUCCAAACGUCCAGAAGAAAAUAAGGGUACCGAUUUCGCACAGAAAGAAACCCACGUUUCUCGAUCGGAUUCAUUAUCCCUGUAUCCCAUCUACCAAACAGCAGUGUGUGGAAGCAACAAAACUGUGUCUGUUUUCUGCGAUGGAGGAUCAAAUGCCACCUACAUAACCCACCGGGCAGCUGAAAGAAUAAAAGCCAAGAAACUUGGAAAGAUCACCCUUGACAUAACCACCAUGGAAAAUGUUGAACAGACGUACCACACCCAGCAGUAUGAAUUCACCUUGCAGACAAACUCGGGUAAGAAGGUAAUCAUCACAGCUUAUGGAAUGGAAAGAAUUACUGGCCCAGUUAGCAAAUUGAACAGCGAAGUGUUGAAGAGUCUAUUCCCGGAAUAUGAUCCCGACUCACUCCAGAGAAAAUCAAACCAUGUAGACGUUUUUCUUGGAUGUGAUUACUUUGGAUUGCACCUAGACUUGCCACAAGUCGGCCUCGAACGAAACGCGAGCAGCCGACUUGUCAUACUUGCAGCGCGCCAAAUUUUACUGACCCAAAAAUGGGUCAGUAACGCUGAUCUAUAUAUAUUGUGUAUAUUCAUUUGUUGAUGAUCUCUUCAACCAAUCAGAGAAGCGUGAAAGGGACAUGUUGACGUAUUUAUAAACAGGCUUCCGGAAACAAGGAAUUUGCGCAGUAUUUCGUGUUCUGCCUUUCAACACUGUGUCUGUGGUUUCUGUGUUUGCAAUGGAGAAUUCGGUUUCAAAGGGGAUUGAAAAGGCACAGCAGUUUUCUGGCUAUUUAGAGUUGAAAGAGUAUCAACGGCAGACCAUUGAAGCCUAUCUAUCUGGCAGAAAUGUGUUCGUUUCGGCACAGACAGGAUAUGGGAAAAGCUUAACCUUUGAGUUAGCUCCGCAUACUUUCGAGUACUUGUCGGAAAAUAACAAGUCGUUGGUUCUCGUCGUCGUUCCGUUGGUCUCGCUUAUGAAAGACCAAGUUAGCAAUUUGGUCAGACCAAGUUAG